GGUAGCCUUAGGCGGCGAUAACACCUCGUUGAAUGCCGGUUGGAAUGCGGUCCUGCGAAUCAGCGCAUCUCGGAAGGUAGCAGGGUUGCGGACCUCAUCGGCCACCGUUGCUUGAGCCAACGCGCAUGCGCUGGGCGUCAUUUCUCGCUCCGGGGACGGGUGAGCGCCGUUGGCUUUGGAUUGACGCAUGCUCAGUCUGCGGCAAGUGUGUGCAUUGCAGCGCUGCUUUCGGAGCCUUUCGUUUGCCUAGGCAGCGUUGCGGAAGUAGUUUCAUUUGUACGCAUGCGUCAGAAUCCGAAGAACACGCGCAGAUGGAUCUCAUUCCGGGGGCGGGGCGAGAAAACAAGGCCGAGGCAAAAGGCCAGGCAGGGCGAAUGGGGUAGGCGGGGCUUCCCACCCGGAAUGGUAGUGGCGUGUAAUGGUUGGAGCAGAAAAUAUUAAUAAUGAUAAUAAUAAUAAUAAUAAUAAUUACAACACAAAACUUUCCCCCCAGCUAUUAACUAGAACUUGCCAGAAGGGGAGUAUUUUGGUGGUGUUAAUAAAUAAGAUCAUAAAAAUAAGUAGAAGUGUGUAGCCAAAAAAACUAAAAACAACCCCUUGCUGCCUAAUUCAAUACAGCAUUCAGUGCAACAAACUCGUUUACUCUGGAGUAGGGGGACUCACUGAGCUACAGGCUGCGUCAGGUCAAUCAUGUCUUCACUUUAAAAACUUUUUUUCUUUCUGCAUUUGCCUGAAUCCCCGUUUAAAUCAAUCUAAGCUAAAUCCAAAUCAAAUGUGGAAAUUCACAAAAGGCACACAAGCAUCUUCUUGAGCCCCCUUUGGGGAGGGAGGGUGUCACAAUACUACACUAGCAGCAAAAAACCGCUCCGGGAAGAAGAAUUCUGUGGAGACUGAAAACAAGAGCAGCCAACUAGGAUCCAGACUCGCAGCAGCCUUAUCCACGUUAGGCUCGCUUUGUUCUCACACCCUUCCUUUCCCUCAAUCCGAAUGGACCACAGCUUCGUAAAGCCUGAUCAGCCCUGCGGUUCCUUGAAAAACAAAAGACCGCCCCCGGAAGCCUUGCUCGGGCUCAGACUUGGAGUGGAAUAGGUAAUACCAGUCCUAAAAGGGUGCCUCGGAGCAUGUGCAGAGUGUCUUUGACUCUGCCCCAUCCAAGAAGCUUUGUUCACAGCAUGAGACUCAGGUUUCGAGCCCCACGUUGGGCAAAAGAUUCCUGCCUCGCAGCGGGUUGGUCUGCACGAUCUUCGCGGUCCCUUCCAACUCUACAAGUACUUCCAGAGCAUGUGCAGGGUGCCUUUCAGCUCCCACGGGCUUUGAAGCAUCCUGACUUGGAGGGGGGGGUAAAGGUCCCCGGGACCACGAAGGGUAGUGAGUCCCAGGCGACCCUGCGGCGCCAUUAAGCUGAGGGACGGAGCACGGGGCAGGGAGUUCCGCAGGUCACCCGAAAGCGCUUGGCUGGGAGUGUUAAGGGGAAAGGAAUCGAAAGACUACAACUCCCAGCAGCCUCUGCGCCGUCGCCACCCCCACCUCCCCAGCAAUCUCCGGGCUCGUUUCCGGCCGGUCGCCGUGCGCCUCGCAAAAGGGGAGGCGGCGGCCGCCGCCGCAGUAGGAAGAGCAGCGGCCGCGGCGCAGAAGGUCGCGUGCGGCGGGCUCUCCCCGGAGCGCGGGCUCUUGCGGAUGCUCCGGGCCGCCGCCCUCCGAGCACCAUGCGGGAGGGUCUGCUGGGCUGGCCCGGAGCAGCGGCGAGGCCUGCGGGACACGCCUUGGUAAGGUCGAACUGGAGCAAAAGGAGGCAAGUUUGCAGCCCGGGGGGAAGGGGGCGCGCCCGCAGCCAGCAGGCGACCCGAUCCCUGCAAGGGAGAGAAAAAAUGCCUGCGGUUAGAUGCUAGGCGGGGCUUGGAAGGGGAACUGGCCUGGAUUCGCCCCUUCUGUAUAAAACGCAGAAGAGGAAUUGAUUCGCAGCGGAGGCUGCCCGAAUUGGGCGCUGCCCCACCGACUCCAGCCUGCCCCAGCUGCAUGCCUUCCUACUUACUGCUAGUCCAAGGGGAAUCCCUGGCCGCCAGCUUCCUGCUCCUCCCCAGACUCAGAGUUGCCCUCUCAGCAGGGAGGAGGAGGGGGACAAAGCUAGAGGAUUAGUUGGCUCUGCCUGUCAUUGAGUCUCAUUCCACCCAGGGUGGGGGUUUCUGCCAUUCAUUCUGCUGGUCCCAGUGGCGCUAAAAGAGGGUUUCCGUUUUGUGUGGCAUGCGCACUGCUUUAUCAACUGAUGGUGUGCUGUUAUGUCCCACCCCCCCCCAAAAAAAAACCAGCUGCAGCACAUGGCCAGGAUCUCUGCACCAUUACCGCAAGCAGGAGCCCAUCUAGUGCUGCACACCUUCAUACAGCUGUCCCAGCAGGAGCUAGGUGGUCCAGUGACCUCCCUCUGGUCUACAGUCUGGAUUCAGUCUCCUCCUUGUUUUUGCAGAGUUACGCUUGUGAACUGCAGUUCCUGAGCUUUAAUUGUGGAAAUGGCAGCCAGAUCUGCUGUUCAAGGCACGUAAUCAGAACUCCUAGGUUAGGAACAGGAGCAGCUGCCUUCUAGUGAGUCAGGCCAUUGGUCCAGCUAGCUCCUGCUGCACUGGUGCUUCCUAAAUAUCUCUCCCCCGCCCCUCCAACCACUUGAAAAUUGCAGAGGGUCUUGGGGGACCGCUUAAUGAUUUUCCUGCUUGCUGUAGCAGUUGUAACAUGCUGUGCCAGACGCCCCAUGGUUUUUAAUUGCAUUUUAGCAGAUGAGCCGUAGACCACCUGGAAGAAGCUUGUGGGCCACCGAGACCAGUGCCAGUCUACACUGGCAGUGACUUUCCAGGGUUCCAGGUGGGGGGGUCUCUCCCAGCCCUCCUUGGAGCUGCCGGGGAUUGAACCUUCAUGCAAAUGCUCUACCAGUGAGCUGUGGCCCUUCCCUAAAAUGUGCAUGGCUCUGUUUCCAUUUGAGUGCAAGGCAUCCUUGGCCAACCUGAAGCUCCCUCCAGAUGUUUUGUGCUACAACACCCAUCUGAUGGGACUGGGAGUUGUAGCCCAAAGCAAUUGGAGGGGGCACCAAGUUCGUGAAGGCUGGCUUAAGGGCUAGCGCAGCAGGGAGACUGGGAGUCAGAUACUGCGAUGAGUUGUCAAGAAGCUGCUGCUGAAUCUCUCAAAAUGGCAACCUGGAAUUGGUGGAGCUUGCAUGUUUGCUUAGGAACAAAAGUUAUAUGGAAAAGGGGGAAGGUGCAUUUUUUCUACAGCCCAAUAAUGCAGCUGCAACUGCUUGGUAUGAGAGCUUGUGGCCUUGGCGGCAUGGGGGGCUCUCUAGAUCCAGGACUCCUGGGUCCCUCUUUCAGUCUUUCCCUAUGGGCCCGACUGGAAUUGAUCAGCAGAGUCAUCUUUUCUGUUCUCCUUUCCCCACUGUCCCAAGCUCAGCAGGUUGGCCCAUUUCGUUGUCUGGGGUGCAUCAGUUUCCCAUAUGACACAGCCCGCAGUUGUGAAUUCUGAUUUUUCAGGAGAAGGCGAGGAUCGUUCAAGAUGUUUCUCCUCAUUUCAGGGCGCUAUGGAUUUGGCAGGGAUGGAUGUUGGAGCUGAAAUUGAACUGACGGAAGAUGGGUCUCUGGAUGAACUGCCUCUGCACUUGGUACGCAACAGGGUCUCAGCUCUUCUCCCUAUGAUGUGGGGAUACCCAAAUUGCUUCGUCUUUAUAGAUCUGCACCAGCGCGUGGCUUAUGAGGGUAGUAUGAGAGGCAGAGGGUACCUGGGGUUCUGCACUCUUCUCUGUACUAUCCCACUCACCCCAAUCUUGCAUUUUGUCUAAAUUCUGUGUGUUUGCCAGCUGUUUACCUUACACUAACCCAGAAGGUUACAUGGAGCAUCAAGUAUACAGUGGUACCUCUACUUACAAACACGAUCCAUUUCGGGGUGCCGUUUGCACCUUGAAAAAUCUGUAAGUAGAGCGCCGCUACUGCAUGUGUGCGAAACACAAUAGAGCACAUGUGCGAAGUGUGCAGAUUGCUUCUGCGCAUGCAUGCGUGGCGAACCCAGAAGUAAACACUUCAGGGUUUGCCGUGUUCGUAACCCGAAAAGCCGCAACGUGAAGCAAACAUUACACAAGGUAUGACUGUACUAGUAAAAAUAUUCUGGUUUUUAAAUAAUCCCCAUUACCCUAAAUUAAGCCUUGUUGGUUAUAGUGGUGAAGAGCAUGAGCAGCGAGCUGGAAGUCCUGUGAUGCAGAUCUUUGCCCCACAAUGAACUUGAGCGGUAGCCUUAAAUGCAAGUCACUGUCUUGUAUCUUUUACAUGGGGAUAACUUGGGUUUGCUUUGCACAGUCAUUCUUCUUAGGAUUGUCAAGAAUAAACCUUUGAUUCGUUUGAGAAACAAGCAUAUCACUACUAAAUAUUGGGUUGAGUCCAUUGUUGGCUUUGCUCAGAGUAGGCCCAUUGAAAGUAAUGGGCAGGACUAACUUAUACCCAUGGAAAUUAAUGCAACUAACUUUGGAUACAGCUGGAUUCAACCUAUUUGUUUUUAUCUUGGUCUCCUUCAGAAGUGUGUGCAGAGCAAGGCCGUAGUCCACUCUCAGGGGGAAAUGGUUUAUUGUAUUUAUUUACGUACAUUGAUACCCCACCUUUCUUCCAUCGAUGGAACUGAAGGUGGAAUCCCUGUGGUUCCUUUAAGGUCUUCCAUCCAGGCCCUGAUACAUCCCAGACCUGCUUAGCUUCAGCAAGGUGGUGGGCUAGUGUAUCAUUCAGGAAUUGUUUGAACUAGGCAGUGUUCUCCGUCCCAAAUCUUUUAGAGGUUAAAUGGGGAACCUGUGGCCCUCCAGAUGUUAGAUUCCAAAUCCCUGGCCUUUGCCCAUAAGGGCUUCUGCAGACAGGAGCUGGGGUCCAACAGCAUCUGGAUGGCCACAGAUGCAUAGGAUUGCAGUAUAAAUCCUGAUACAUAAUCAUACGCUCCAUACAAACCUUUUGGCAUUCUCCGGGCUUCAGCAGAAGCCUCACUUUCCCCCACGACUUACUAAAACUAGGCAGGAGAGCCCAUGGGGUCAAGGUGCUUUUCUGCCAAGGAUCUCAGACAUAGGCUUGGGAUUCUCACAUUGGGAUUCUCACAUUCAUUUUCUAAUCACAUUCCGUUACUUGAAAACAUGUUUGGUUUGGGUUAGUUCUUUCUCCUUUUUCUGCUUCUUUUACUUCUCUUUUUAUAACCGGUUUGACUUUUUUUGGAUGAUUUUAUCUUGAUCUGUGAUUUUGUUGUUGACCACUUGGGGAUGUUGUUUUAGAACAGAAAAGCAAGUGACCCACAGCUGCCAGAAAUCCCAUCCGACAAAAUUACUCUUGGUGUCCCAAGAGUCCGCCAAGCCUUGCAUUUUGCAACCAUAAGGCUAGAAACUUAAGAGAGAGAGUCCUGAGUAGAUCGAGAAAUGCUGAGUGGAUUGAGAAAUGCUCAAUACUUGUCUUCUGUUCCCUUCCUCCUCCCACCAUUCCAAAUUUGGAAUUGUGACGUGCGCACAAAUGUGUCUGUAGCAUGUGAUGCUUAAUGGUGCCUGGUGUGUUGUUGUUUUUUAUUGAAAGUAUUUCAAUUAUAAAGGAAUAAAGUGGUGGAGAAAAAAGGGGGAGAAGUGAGAGGAGGGGAAAAACAAAGAUGUGUAUAAGGGAAAAUAUAUAUACAUGCAAAAAUGCACUGUAAUAUACUCCCAUGCAUUCUUAUACAGCAGGCAUGUCCAAAGUCCAUUUUGGGGGCCGAAUCCGGCUCACUGGUCGGUUUAAUCCGACCCCUAUGGCAGUUUAUUUCCUGGGGCAAAAUCCUAAAAAAAAAACCCUUAACAACUUCAACCCUUAAAAAAGCUCAAAAACGUGUGGGUAAAAUCCUAAACGUCAAUCCUAAAAAAGGAUAACAACUUUAGCUGACCCUUUGGUCGGCCCUCACGGCCCUUCACUUCAUCAAAUCUGGCCCUCUUUGAAAGAAGUUUGGACACCGUUAUACAGGGUGAGUCCUUUAAAAAAGGCCCCAUGGACACAGAGUACACAUGUUCCACGGGGCCUCUUUUAAAAGACUCACCCUGUAUAAAUUUAUGUAGUUUUUUUUAUCCUAAGCAUAUGUAGAUAUUAAUAGCCUGCUACGUUCUGUAUCAACUCAUUCUAUUUAUUUUUUUUGAAAUAUUUUUUAUUAAUUUUACAAAAUAAAUUUCACAUCUACCACAUUUAAAUUUUUAAACCAAACAAGAUUCUUCCAAAUCUUACAACUUCCCUCCUCCCCUCUGUGGGCCCUUUAUAUGUCUAAAUCAACUGCAUAUUAUAGUUCUUCCACAAUAUGGCCCUCCAAAAUAUCCACCAUCUUUGUAACGUUGCAAGAGUUACUGAAAGCCUGCCAAAGAACUCAAAUGAUUACAGUGUUCUUUUAAAUACAGUCUAUAUAUGUCCCAUUCCCUAUUGAAGCUUUGAUCCCCUGUAUCAGCUCAUUCCAAACAACGUCCUAUUUUUCCAAACAAAGCCUACAUCUGUAAGCAGGAAUGGUGUCUGGUGUUAACAUCUUCUCUUAACAUCUCUCUUUCUCCUUCCACCACCAGGAAAAUGCCAAGAACUGUCUCUCCUGGGAAACCCUGGAUGCCUCCAGCAGCGAUGACGACGGGGAGGCCUAUUUCACCUUCUACCUCCCCACCCGGCGCCCGGCCCGGCCUGCUCAGCGCCUCCCAGCUCAGCGCCCGCCAGCCUCCCCCUCUGCCCGGUCUGCCGCUUGCGCGAAAUGGAUCCCUCCCUUGUACCCCUGCCCACUGCGCCCCAGCCUUCCCGCCGCCCCUGGGAGCCCGGCAUUCGGCGCUUACCAGUGCCAGAAGUGCCUGCAGGUCUUCAUGGAAGAGUGGCACUACGCCCAGCACCUCAAGGACCAUGCCCAAGAGGAGCUGCAGAAGCCCGCGGCGCCACCACCCCGCGCACGCUCCCCGCCCCGCAAGCUGCGCUGCCUGGAGUGCGGCAAGCGGUUCCUGCACCCAGAGCACUUUGCCCGGCACACCAAGUGGCACCUGAAGCUGGUGCGGAAGGGCAUCAAGGUCUGCCACAGGAAGGGGUGCAGGCGCACCUCCUCUUCUUCCUCCUCCUCGACUUCCCCCGCCUCCCAAGCCGCCUAUGUUUACAAGCCCGCCGAAACGCAGCUGGGAGCAAAAGGCGCGUCCGGCCUCCUGGCUGCGCAGGAGGCUCCGGGGCAGCUGAAGAGGCUCCAGGCGCCCCGGGCCCAGAAGGCGGGCAAGCGGAAGUCCUCCAAGCACCAGAGGAAGCUGCCGGCUGCCAGUGCUCCGCCCACCGAGGGCCUGCUCGGUCCCGCCCACCCCGGGCAUUCGGUGGCCAUCUUGGACGGGGACGUCGGCGUGGCCCUGCUGCAGCCGUGGCAGAAGCAGGAGGCCAUCUUGGAAGGCCAGGUGGCGGGGGGCCUGUUCCAGCCGGCGGUCAUGAACGCCGACAACCAGAUCAUCAUCCUGGACGGCGACGAGGCGGAGGUGCAGGCCACCCUCUUCGACGGACAGGGGAACGUGAACGCCCUCCGGCCUCUUUUCCUCCGGGCCGAGGAGCAGGCGGCCAUUUUGGACGCUCCGGUGAGCCUGAGCUCCCUUCAGUUGGGCGGAGUCAAUAAGGACCAGGCCGCCCUCGCCGCCGGCUGGGUCUCCCAGAACCCUUGCACGCUCCUCCGGACUGUGCUGCUUCAGGCGGACGAGCAGGGGACUGUCAUGGACGGCCAAGCGGAGACCAGCCCCAUGCAGCAGGUGAUCAUCAAGACCUCGGAAGGUGCAUCCACGCUGUAUCUGGACCCGGACCCUCACCUUUCUUCUGUGGACUUGGCCACCCUCCACUUGGUCCCUUUGCACCAAGAGUCGCAGUUUAUAACCGUCCCGUACGGGAACGCAUUGACCUUGGACAGCACAGAUCCGGCCUGCGACGGGAACGGGGCUUGGGAGGAGCCCCAGGCCGCCACCGUGCAGUUCUCGGGGUACGUGCCAAACCCGUGUCAACAAAACAAGCAGCCAUCACCCCCGGCGACCGCCAGCCUUUCCCCCAAAGGCUCCGUGGUUGUCCGCCUGGUCCCCGGCACGUCCGGGGGGGACCACCCUGAGGUCUUGGACCUGGAAUACGACAUGGGUGGCGGCAUCCCUGUGGCCUCUGAGCCGUGGGAGGCAAAUGGGAGGGCUGGCCCAGAGGCCUACGGUGCCGAAGUGGUGGCGGCGGCAGAGGAGGACUUCAUCGUGGUGGAAGUGGACCCUGACUCGAGGGGCCCCAAGAUGGCGGCGGUGAGCCGCCCCCUCAGCAGCCACAGGCGGCGGGCCUCCAAGAGGAGAAGGGUUCGGAAGCCGGCCAGACGGAGGAGGACUGCGUGGGGCUUCCGGUGCCCCGAUUGUGGGGCACGCUACAGCCGGGUAUCCCAGCUCCGCGCCCACCAGAAGUGGCCCCGGCGCCGAGGGCGGGGCUUCCUGUGCGAAUGCGGGACUUCCUUCCGUGGCCUGCUGCACCUCCUGAGGCACCAGCUGCAGCACCUGGAGGAAGCCCUCUUCAUCUGCGCGGCCUGUGGGAAGUCCCUCAAAGGGCACACGGGCCUCGCCAGGCACGGCUCCUGCCACCCUCGCCCGGCCCACUUCAGCUGCCCGUGUGGAGCCAGCUUCCGGCGCCUGUCCCGCUACCUCUGGCACCACGUGAGGAACCAGCGGCCCGGCCUGCGGGUGUACACCCUCUCAGGUUUCCUCCCCUCGAGCUGAGCCAGGUGGGCUCGCUCAGUCAGGGCCCCAGGAAUAUCUGGAGGUCCUGUUGAGAGCGGACCCCCAGCCUUUCGCCCACCAGUCCCUUGGCGGUUUGCCUCGUAUGUCUGGGGAACCGAAGACAAAUGGCUGCUGCUUUCGGGGGAGCGUUAGUCUGACACGGUUUACUGGUUGUGAAGCUUAACUUGUUUCUGUUGGGAUGUAUUUCUUUUGUUUUGUUCCCCUCCCCCCAUGUAAUUAUGACUGUGAAAAUUAAAACAGCAAAAGAUGCUGAGUCCA